AUGGUUAAGCUCUUCGUCAUACUGCGCCUACAUAAGACAUUGCGCGAAAACUACUACAAGCUCAAGCGAACCAUCUACGAUGGCUACAUUAACGGAACGGACGAGCAGAAGACAGUGAUCCUGCGCGUGAUCACACUGAUCCUACUCCUAAUGAAGAUGACCACCGUGCUCUAUUUCUCCUGUAUCAUGAUCUUUUCCCUCUAUCCCGCCUACAUGUACUUCUGGGAGGACACAAAGGUCACGAUCUUUCCGCUAUUAAUUCCUGGCAUCAACAUCUACUCCUUGUACGGCUACAGUGUCACUAACAUGCUGCAAUUACUCCUGGCCCUCUACGGUAUAGUUGGGAUGCUCGCUUCCGACAGUGCAUUCAUGAUGUUUGUGCUGCACAUCGUGACGUAUGUUGAGCUGUUCCGGGUGGAGUGUGAAAAGUUUGCAGCAGAACUAUUGACCAGCGAGUGGCGAGAACGUUGGCAUUCGAACCAAUAUAAGGCUUUCUGUAGACGAAGCAUGCUGGUAAUCUAUCGGUUCCAUCAGGAUAUCAUCACCUACAUGGACGAAUUGAAGAUGUGUUAUCACGAUGUUUGUGUGGUUGCGCUUGCGACCUGUAGCUUUUCGAUGGUGCUGAACUUGUUUCUUGCCUUAACGACCGACUGGUACGCAACAUACGGCUUUUUGGCUGUCACGUUUUUUCAACUAUUGAUGUGUUCUGUCCUUGGCAACGUGAUCCAAGUUAUGAACGAUCGUUUGAUUAAAGUCAUGCUGAAUCUGCCCUGGUAUCUGUUUCCAAACGGGGAGCAGAAGCGUUUCCUCUUCAUGCUAUGCCGCAGCCAGAUUCCGGCCGACAUGGACGUCCGAGGCUUCGGUCCGCUCAACAUGGAAACGUUUACCGCCAUCAUGCAGAAGAUCUAUUCGACUUUCAUGAUGAUGUACAGCUUCAUCGAGGAAUAG